UUGUGGUGGUCGUUGGCCUUUUGUGGGAGGCAGGUGGGCUCUCUCGCGUAUCCGUCCGUCCGUCGGUCAGUCUCUCCAUCUGCCCCGGGGUCCGUCUGCCGGCCCCGCUCCGCGCCCACUGUCUCCAGGUGGCUGAGCCCCAGGCCUGCCUGGCCCCGCGCGCGUCCCGGGAGGAGUGUGGCGCGGCGAUGGGGUGUGAGCGCAGCCUGGGCUGCGGGGCUCCUGCUAAGCCUGCCAGGCCCCGACCUCGGCGGAGCCCAGGGCCUGUGUGACCGUGCAGCCGGGAGUGCGUGAGCCCCAGGAGCAGGACCCGCUCCUCUGGGCCGGGCCUGGGGCCCAGGUGGCUGCAGAGCUGCCCACGCCUCCGGGGGACACUACCCAGGGCCGCUAUGGAGACCCCUGCCCCGAAGCCCCCGGAGACAGCUCUCUCCUCUCCGGACCUUGCUCUUCCCAAAGAGAAUCCAGAGGAUACAUGGGGUCAGGGUCCCCUGGAAGCCAGGUCCGAGGAAUCGGUGACUUUCAAGGAUGUGGCCGUAGACUUCACCCAGGAGGAGUGGGGCCAGCUGGACUCGCCUCAGAGGGCCCUGUACCGGGACGUGAUGCUGGAGAACUACCAGAACCUUCUGGCCCUGGCAGGGCCUCCGGUCUGUAAGCCAGAAGUGAUCUCCCAUCUGGAACGAGGCGAAGAGCCAUGGCAGGUGCCCGGAGAAGUCCUGGGAGGGGCUCGUCCAGAGUGGGAGCCCAGGCCGGAGAUGAAGGCGCUGUGUCAGCAGCAGGGUGUCCACAGGGCAGAGCCGGCACCGGAGUCGAUGGUGGAGGGGCCGGGGAGGUCCCGUCUCCACAGCCUCGGUCCAGGCGCUGGGUGGGCCUGGGAGGGCCCAGUGGCUGCUCUGUCCAGAGGGGAGGCUGUGCUCUGGAGGUGCGUGCCCCCCGGCGGAGGGGAGGUUUCCACAGAGGAGCGCCGGCAGGGACACGAGGCGUCUGCGGAGGCACUGCCCCUCCGGUGCCCCCUCCCCGCCCAGCAGAGCACAGGCACUCGCAUUCCUGCCGAGGGAGAGGCUCCUCACAGACACACCGAGAGCUGCCGGUCCGCUGAGGCUGUCCCCCAGCACCAGGGGCUGUCCCCCAGCACAGGGGCAAACGGCUGCAAGUCCAGGGAACACAGGCAACCCCCCGCCAACAGGCACCCGAGCGCGGGGGCCGGGGAGGGUCUCUUCGCGUGUGGCCAGUGCGGGAAAGCCUUCCGCCAGCGCUCGUCCCUCACCCUGCACCAGCGCUGGCACGCCCGCGAGAAAGCCUACCGGUGCGGCGAGUGCGGCAAGGCCUUCACCUGGAGGACCAACCUCAUCGAGCACCAGAGGAUCCACACCGGGGAGAAGCCCUUCCUGUGCGGCGAGUGCGGGAAGGCCUUCAGCUGUCACUCGUCGCUGAACGUGCACCACCGGACGCACACCGGCGAGAGGCCCUACAAGUGCACGGGCUGCGAGAAGGCCUUCAGCUGCAGCUCGCUGCUCAGCAUGCACCUCCGCGUCCACACCGGGGAGAAGCCCUACAAGUGCGGCGAGUGCGGGAAGGCCUUCAACCAGAGGACGCACCUGACCCGGCACCACAGAAUCCACACGGGAGAGAAGCCAUAUAAGUGCGACGCGUGCGGGAAGGCCUUCACUUGCCACUCGUCCCUGACCGUGCACGAGAAAAUCCACAACGGCGACAAGCCCUUCAAAUGCAGCGACUGCGCGAAGGCCUUCAACAACCGCUCACGCCUCACCCUCCACCAGAGGAUCCACACGGGAGAGAAGCCCUUCAAGUGCGGCGAUUGCGGGAAGGGCUUCAUCUGCCACUCCUACCUGGUCGUGCACCAGCGGAUCCACAGCGGGGAGAAGCCCUUCAAGUGCAACGAGUGCGGGAAGGCCUUCAGCUCCCACUCCUACCUCAUCGUGCACCAGCGGGUCCACACCGGGGAGAAGCCGUUCGACUGCAGCCGGUGCUGGAAGGCCUUCAGCUGCCAGUCGUCCCUCAUCGUGCACCAGCGGAUCCACACGGGGGAGAAGCCCUAUAAAUGCGGCCAGUGCGGCAGGGCGUUCAGCCAGAAUCACUGUCUCAUCAAACAUCAGAAAACCCACUCUGGGGAGAAGCCGUUUAAAUGUAACGAGUGCGGCGAAGCGUUCAGCUGGAGCACCCACCUCGCCGAGCACCAGAGGACACACCGCGAGGAGAAGCCCUUUGCCAUCCAGUUCAACAAGCGUUUGCUGAGCACAUACUGUGUUCCCGGCGGCCUGCUGGGUGCGGGUGGCGUGGAUGUGAGCGGCAUGGACCCCAUAAACUCACUGGACGUGGCAGAGCUCCUGUGUGUGGUUCAGCCCUCGGCCAGCAGGAGCUUCCCCCUGGGUAGCAAACCUGGAAAUUAACAUGGCUUCUUCCCCGGGUGCACGGGGAGCACAGGGACGCCUGCGUAUGUGCCGCAGCAGACACCCUCUCAGGAGCGGUCUCCCCUCCCGGAGGAGGGUGCCCUGCAGGAGAGUCCAGUUGAUGUCCCAGGGUCCCGUUUCCGCUGAUGGGUGUGGGAGUCACUGGCCAGGGGUUCGAUCUUUCCUGCAGAUAAAAGGUCAAUCAUGUCCUCUUGGCAUGACUUAGAUCAAGAAUUUCAUCUGUGAACUAUUAUAUUUAGAAUAAUAUGAAGACUUUAAAAACCAGAAUUAUGAACAGUAUUGCCUCCAAGCAAACAUUGUAUUGCUGGCGAGGAGAAGAAUCUCAGAGGCGGGAGUUUGGGGAAAAGCAGAUUUCCUGGACUCACCUCCUAAGGGGCUCCACCGCCGAGUCCUUUGCUAGAGGCCGCACCCACGUCCCAGCAGCACAGUCAGCAUCAGGCGGUGCCCGGUGCGUCCGGGGAGGGUGGGUGCAGUGUCGGGACGGAUGUGCCUGGAAGUGCACCUUCCCCGCAAGCUGGGGCUGCCUGCGGGGCCUCCCCUCACCAUGAAGCUCAGCUCAUCAGUGCAACCCUGAGGGAGGAGCCCCUCCCCCAGACCAUCCCCGUGUUCCCUGCAGGGACAGGAGGACACGUUCGUCUGGAAUUAACGUUCUUUCUACUCAGUUCUAAGCAAGUUCAAGAUGCCUUCUCAGUGAUAAUGCUUGACAUUUGUAUAGAGCACUAUAGUUUAUGAAAUGCUUUUUCUUAUACUUUCUAAAUUACGGAGGCAAGAUAACCACAUUUCAGAGAAUGUGGAAUAAAUGAGAGAAAACACCCAUAAUUCUUAAUAAAGCUGCAUUUUGCACUUUGAUACAUUAUUUCUGUUUUCAUAUUGCAUUUUUACAUCACUUUAAACAUAGUAGAUAUGUCAUUUUAAUCUUUU